GCCUAAAUCACCUAAACACCCUGAACAACUUAAUCACUGGAAAUACAAAGUCGAUCUUCAUAUAUCCAAAUACCAUACUGCGCCUGCGCACUUUUUACUUUACACUUCCUCCUUACGUCGCUAUAUCAUAUAUUGACUUUCUUUAAAAUCAAAUCAAUAAUUUCAACCACAAUCCUGACCCGGCAUUUCCUCCGUAUCUAGAAAUCAACGCCUCACCCCCUUGUUGGAUAACAUCAGCCUUGCCAAUCCUGUUCAUGCGAGCCCAAUAUGGGUAUAAGUAGGAGACCGAAGGAUAAGUCAGGCGGAGCAUCUCGCGCUGGCGGGGCGCAUGACGGAGCCGCGAGGCCUAAGAAAGCCACAUUCGAGACCACCAAGAAGAAAGAGAUAGGGGUUUCUGAUCUGACAUUGCUUAGCAAGGUAUCAAAUGAAGCAAUUAAUGAAAACUUGAAGAAGCGAUUCGAGGGUCGCGAGAUCUAUACCUAUAUCGGCCAUGUCUUGGUUUCCGUCAACCCCUUUAGAGAUCUCGGGAUCUACACCGACCAGGUCCUCGAAUCCUACAAAGGCAAGAACCGACUGGAGAUGCCACCCCACGUUUUCGCGAUCGCCGAAUCAUCCUACUAUAACAUGAAGGCCUACCACGAGAACCAGUGCGUGAUCAUUUCUGGAGAGUCAGGAGCUGGCAAGACCGAGGCCGCCAAGCGCAUCAUGCAAUACAUCGCCAAUGUAUCUGGAGGAGAGAGCGGAGAGAUCAAGCAGAUCAAGGACAUGGUGCUGGCAACCAAUCCGUUACUCGAGUCUUUCGGAAACGCCAAGACCUUACGAAAUAACAACUCGUCUCGGUUCGGAAAGUACUUACAAAUACAUUUCAAUACAAACGGAGAGCCUGUAGGAGCGGAUAUUACCAAUUAUUUGCUAGAAAAGACGCGAGUGGUCGGCCAGAUCACCAACGAGCGAAAUUUCCAUAUCUUCUAUCAGUUCUCCAAGGGAGCAUCUGAGAACUACCGGACCAUGUUCGGUAUCCAGAAGCCGGAGACGUAUGCCUACCUCAGCCGGUCCAAGUGUUUCAAUGUCGAUGGUAUCGACGAUCUUGCCGAUUUCCGAGAAACCCUAGAAGCCAUGAAGAUCAUUGGUCUAUCUCAGGCCGAACAGGAUGACGUUUUCCGUAUGUUGGCCGCCAUUCUGUGGGCCGGAAACAUUCACUUUGUGGAAGGAGACGACGGUUAUGCCGCUGUAGCAGAUCAGUCGGUCGUAGACUUCCUAGCGUAUCUCCUGGAGGUUACUCCCGAGGCGCUGAUUAAAGGCAUUACCAUACGGAUCUUGACUCCGAGGAGUGGAGAGGUAAUCGAGUCUCCAGCCAACACAGCCCAGGCAACCGCAACAAAGGACGCGUUGGCUAUGGCUAUCUAUUAUAAUCUUUUUGAUUGGAUUGUUGGGAGAAUCAACCAAUCCUUACAGGCACGGCAAGCGACAGCCAACAAUAUUGGAAUUCUAGAUAUUUAUGGGUUCGAAAUUUUCGAGAAAAACAGCUUCGAGCAGCUUUGCAUCAACUACGUGAACGAAAAGCUCCAGCAGAUCUUUAUCCAACUUACUCUCAAGGCGGAACAGGAGGAAUACGCACGAGAAAAGAUCCAAUGGACGCCUAUCAAGUAUUUUGAUAAUAAGAUCGUGUGUGAUCUGAUCGAGCAGAUUCGGCCCCCUGGUCUCUUCUCUGCCCUGAAGGAUGCCACGAAGACAGCCCACGCCGAUCCUGCUGCUUGUGACCGUACCUUCAUGCAGAGCAUCAGCGGCAUGUCGAACGCUCACCUCACCCCUCGACAAGGCAGUUUCAUCAUCAAACAUUAUGCUGGCGAUGUUAGUUACACCGUCGAAGGCAUCACCGACAAAAACAAGGACCAGCUUCUAAAGGGUGUUCAAAGCUUGUUCCAGCAGAGUGCUAACCAAUUUGUUCACACUAUAUUCCCUCACCAGGUAGACCAAGACAAUCGCAAGCUGCCCCCCACAGCAGGCGAUAGAAUCCGAACUUCGGCCAAUGCUCUAGUGGAAACUUUGAUGAAGUGCCAGCCAUCGUACAUCCGAACGAUCAAGCCAAACGAGAACAAAUCCCCCUCGGAGUAUAAUGUUCCUAACGUUCUUCACCAGAUCAAAUAUCUAGGUCUCCAAGAGAACGUAAGAAUUCGUCGUGCCGGGUUUGCUUACCGUCAAUCGUUUGAGAAAUUCGUCGAGCGAUUCUUCUUGUUGUCCCCUGCCACGUCUUACGCGGGCGAGUAUACCUGGUCAGGAACAGAGGAGGCUGCCGUGAAGCAGAUAUUGAAGGAUACUAGUAUUCCCAAGGAAGAGUGGCAACUGGGUGUUACCAAGGCUUUUAUCAAGUCUCCAGAAACGUUAUUCGCCUUAGAGACGAUGCGAGACCGAUAUUGGCAUAACAUGGCCACCCGUAUCCAACGAAUGUGGAGAGCAUACCUAGCCUACCGCGCCGAGUCAGCGACUCGAAUUCAACGAUUCUGGCGGAAGAAGAGAGUAGGUGCCGAGUAUCUACAAUUACGUGACCAAGGUCAUAAAGUACUACAAGGGCGCAAGGAACGUCGGCGGUAUAGCUUGUUGGGCUCCCGACGUUUCUUGGGUGAUUACCUAGGAAUCAAUGCAUCAAAUGGACCUGGGAAUCAUGUCCGUAACGCGGUGCAAAUGACAAGUAACGAAAAGGUUCUCUUCUCGUGCCGAGGCGAGGUAUUAGAAGCCAAGUUUGGUCGAUCAAGCAAACCGAGUCCUCGAAUUCUAAUUGUCACCAAUAGCAAGUUCUAUGUCGUGGCUCAGGCAUUGGUCAACCAUCAGGUUCAGAUUGUGGUUGAACGACAAAUCCCGUUGGGGGCAAUUAAAUUCAUCGGAGUUUCCACAUGUCGUGAUGAUUGGUUCUCGCUAGGGGUUGGAUCUCCUCAAGAACCAGACGCGCUCCUAAACUGUGUUCUAAAGACUGAGCUCUUCACCCAGAUGCAACGAGUAAUGCCAGGGGGCGGGUUUAAUCUCAAGAUUGGAGAAUCGAUAGAAUAUGCCAAGAAGCCUGGAAAGAUGCAACUCGUUAAAGUCUUGAAAGAUUCACAACAGGUGGUAGACUAUUAUAAGAGCGGUGGUGUUCAUACGCAACCCGGAGAAUCCCCGUCAUCUGUUUCCAAGCCGACGCCGAAGGGAAAGCCAGUUCCACCCCGACCAAUUACUCGUGGCAAACUCAUCAAGCCUGGUGGUCCUGGUGGUAGACCCGCUCGAACGACAGCCGCUCGUCCUAGUACCACAAAGCGUGGGCCGGCGGCACUCCAGUCGCGACCAGUUCCUACCCCGGUUUCUGCCGCUGCCGCUGCCUCUGCUUCUACGUUAAGCAACGUAAGUAGCGUAAGCAGCAGCUCCAGCCACUCCCGUAACAAAAGCUCGACCUCAUCUGUUCGUGCGCCACCUCCCCCACCUCCUGCAGCACCUCCAGCGAAGGGCAAGAUCACUGCGAAGGUCAUUUAUGACUUUGCUGGUCAACGGGAGAAUGAACUGUCGGUAAAAGCGGGCGAUAUUAUCGAGAUUGUGCAAAAGGAGAACAAUGGCUGGUGGCUAGCUAAGCAUGUGGGGGGACAGGCGUGGGUACCAGCAGCGUAUGUUGAGGAACAAGCAUCAGCUCCACCGCCGGCACCAGCGCCGGCACCCAGAGCCCCGCCACCACCGCCUAGCUCAAACGGUACAGCGAAUGCAGCGCGCAGCAAACCCACACCACCGCAACCUCCUGCGAAACGCCCGGCUGCAGGCAGGAAACCUGCACCGCUCCCAACCCACCCGCGAGACUCGGGCAUGAGUCUUAACGCCAACGGCGGUUCCGACAGCAGCCGUAGUAACACGCCGACACCGAGCGUCGCCGGUUCCCUAGCCGAUGCCCUGCUAGCGAGGAAGAACGCUAUGCAGAAGAAAGAAGAUGAUGAUGAUUGGUAAACCCAACAACGACGCCAACGACCAUGACAAAGACAACAGGUUUAUAGCGAGAACAGUCGUAGUAGAAGUAGUCGGAGUAAGGGUAGAAGCAGGUAGAAGAAAGAAAGAAAGAAAGAAAGAAAGAGAGAACCCGUGUAAAAACUGAAAAACACAGUUUCUGGAAAUUUGGAAUUUGGGUUGCUGGGGUGUAGAUACCUACCUAGAGGUAUACAUUAUGUAGCGUGCCUACAUAGUACAUACAUAGCACUUAGAUGCCUACCCUCGUAGUAGAGUAGGUUACGCGAAAGAAAGCAGCGUUGAAGGCGUAAGCACGCAAGCAAUCGAACAAUUAAACCUUUA